AUGCCGUCCCCGGCGGUGCUCGUCACCUCCAGGCGAGUUCAGAAUGUCCACACAGGCCUCGACCUGACGGUGCCCCAGCACCAGGAGGUGCGGGGCAAGAUGAUGUCGGGCCACGUGGAGUACCAGAUCCUGGUGGUGACCCGGCUCGCUGCGUUCAAGUCGGCCAAGCACAAGCCCGAGGAUGUCGUCCAGUUCUUGGUCUCCAAAAAGUACAGCGAGAUCGAAGAGUUUUACCAGAAACUGAGCAGCCGUUAUCCAGCGGCCAGCCUGCCCCCACUCCCCAGGAAGGUCCUCUUCGUCGGGGAGUCUGACAUCCAGGAAAGGAGAGCUGUGUUCGACGAGAUUCUGCGCCACGUCUCAAAGGAUGCCGAGCUGGCCAGCAGCCCAGAGCUGCUAGAAUUCUUAGGCACCAGAUCCCUGGGUGCUGCAGAUCUCACCAGCAGAGAUUGCUCUGUCCUGGACGCACGUAGCCAGGCAGGGGAUGAUGGGGACGCUUUUGACUUCUUCAAGCAACAGGACCACGCAGAGGAUGAGUGUCCGCCCAUCCUAGGCCGGAAGGGCGAAGAUACAGGGAAGUCUGAGGAGGAGGAGGAGGAAGAGGAGGCCCUGGACCCUCUGGGCAUCAUGCGCUCCAAGAAACCCAAGAAACUCCCCGAAGUGGCCGUGAAGCCCAAACCCUCGCCCCGGCUCACCAUCUUUGAUGAGGAGGUGGACCCUGAUGAGGGGCUUUUCGGCCUGGGCAGGAAGCUCUCCCCAGGAGGCCCCGCAGAGGCUGCGCCCCUCAGAGACCCCCUGAAGUUGUUUGAUGAUCCUGAACUCGGCGGGGCCGUCUCCCUGGGUGACCCCUUACUGCUGCCUGCAGCCAGUGAAAGUGGAGGCCCCACGUCCAACCUGGGCCUCAGGGAGGCCUCCGAGGAGCUGUUCAGAGUCGAAGAGGAUUUGGACCAGAUUCUGAACCUGGGGACUGAGCCCAAACCCCAGCCCCAGCCUAAGCCCAAGCCUCCAGUGGCGGCUAAGCCCGUGCUACCCAGGAAGCCAGCUGUUGUCCCGAGAGCAGGCCCAUCUGAAGCCGUGGCUGGGCAGUGGAAGCAGCAGCAGCAGAUCCAAGCCAUGGAUGAGAUGGACAUCUUGCAGUACAUCCGGGACCACGACACGCCUGGCCAGGCCGCCCCCAGCCUCUUCUGACCCUCCCACCCCGGUGCUGGGCCUGGGCCAGCAGACCGUCUGCUUUGGAGGGGCGUGUGGUGAGGUGGGCACUUUCCCCUCAGGCCCAGGACCUCUGUUCCCCCAGGUCGUAGGACCCCUGUACUGCCUUGUUCUGUUUUCUCCGGCCUGUGGGGUCACAGAACCCUGCAGGAUGCAGAGAGCAAGGUCACCAUAGGAAUUGGAGCCCAAAUUGUCUGAGCCACGUGGACGUGGAGGGGAGAGCAUGUGGGGAUGCUUCACUAAUCGGGAGCCCAGCCCCCAGGAUGGAGUGAGAGUGACAGGGCCCAGGGAGCCUUGCCACUCGGGGCAAGGAAACUUUGUGCCCACUUGUGCCCACUGGCUCUGCCAGCCCCAGCACAGGAGGGAGGGCUGGCCAACUUGGGGUGGGGUCGGGUGUUCAGAGUCUCUGGGAAGUGUGGCGUCUGGGGACCUGCAGGCUCUGAGAGGGUCCCUCAGGAGAGAGAUGCUGAGUGAGAGUCUGAGAGAGCCAGGUGGGGCAGGGUGUCCCUGAACUGCCUCUGUUUCCCAGGUGCUAAGCAGGGUUCUUUCCCAUGUGUCCACCUUGAGGGAGACGUCAGGCCAGCCCUGCCUUUCUGGGGUACAGAUAGCCUGACGAGCCCGGGUCUCCCCCCUCUUCCUUUCCCGGGGAAGGCCUGGCCAAACCAUGGCCUCCUUGAGCCUCUGGCCACAGGGCCACUGCUGUUGCAGCUCUGAGCAGAGUGGUCAUAGCACCCUCCAGAGCUCCAUGUUGGCCUGUGGCCUGGGGUGUCCCUCCUACUCUCGAUGGCCCUAGGCGGGAUGCUCUCCGGCUGCUGCCUCGAGGGCCUCGUCUGUCCAGUGGCGGAUGCUGCCAGGCCUUCCCUGUCCUCUGGGUCUGGACUUGCUCACCAGCCUUUCACAGUGGGAGCUGCCUUCCCAGGGAGAAGGAGCCCUGUGCCAGGGCAGGGCCAGUGCCUUAGACUUCCCCCGGACCCCCUGGACCCCCCAGACCCCGGCACACAGGUCUGGGCGGAGCACGGUGCUCAGGAAGUUCUCAGUGAAUGAAUGGUGUUUAAUGGAGGAAAGAACGGCUUUUUUUUUUUUUGACAUUUUGUCGUUUUUGACAUAUUCUUCAUGUUCAGAACUAGUUUUUAAUGAAACAAGUUUUUAAUGAAAUGCAACCACUUUUGUCCCUUGAGUAGACCUGUCUGACAGAGGCAUUGGAAGGGGGUUUGGGACUAGGACCCCAGACCCUUUCCUGAUUGGGGCCAACAGCCAACCCUGAGGAAGGCCCCCAAUGCUGGGCUGGUUGUUUGCCACCAUCAGAGGCUCUAGUGCCCUGCUCCUGGCCUUUGCAGGACCUGCUGAUCUGUCCUGCAUCUCACUCACCUUCAUCAGCUGUCCAGUGCUGAAAAGGUGCCCCCACCCCACCCCCCGCCUUCACCUGUGCCAGAAUGGGAGGAAAUAGGCAGUUCUGAUGCUGAGAGCUGAUUCCUCCUCCUUGCCUUACUGCUCCAAGGGCCCCUCUCCCCAGGGCCCUGAGCUGGCUCUGGGACAACCCUCAGCCCCCAGCACGAGCCACUCCACUUCCCUUUCACUGCCAGGACUUCACACCCGGCCCCAAAACCCAGCCCUGGGCCCCGCGCCCUCCUGACCACAGGAAGGCCUCGAAGGAGCAGUGGUGAAGCAGGGCCAGCUCUGCCUCGGGCCCUUUCCCCUCCCCAUUGUGCCCUCUGCACCCCAUGCCAGCUCCCUGCCCCUCCCCCUACCUGCCCCACCUCCCACCACCCUUUAACGUUGGAGCAGAGGGCGCAGCUGACAGGCGCCUGGGUGCUGGUCCUCUGGUGGAGGUCACCCACUGCGACUGGCCUCGUUCUCUGUGGCCUGGUGCUCUCCGGAUACCUCAGUGAAGAUGUGCGCUUCCCCAGAUAUUGAUGCUCAAACUGCAGCUCGUUUUUCACCACAGGUCUGUGACCUACUGACCGAGUGAUGAUGCCCAAUAAAGUCAUCCAGGAAAGUCCA